GAAUGCAAACCAUCGGAUCGAACAUCUGGCGACCGGGUUCCCCAUGGAAUUUGCGCAGUCUCCGUACGUACGUACCCUCCACCAAUAGAUACCGAGAAAUGCAGCAAGAAUCCAUCAAGACAGUCAGUCACUCGUACAUGGAGGAAUUCCAAGGGAGGACAUAUGCACGUACACAACACAAGAACCGGGUGGGUCUCACGGGGUUCCGCGAAUUCGCCAUCCGUUUAGGGUUGUCCGUCGAUACUGCAGUUGUCUCUUCGUUCUGCGGUCCGCAAUAAUAGGUGCGCAUGUGCGAGCCUUCGUUUGAUUUUCUGAUCGCUCCGGCGAUCGACGUCGCGAUUUUGGCGCAAUUCUCGACGUUGCGCAGCAGGUGGUGCACCGAACCAAAGAGGGAAUUUUCUGCCGCGAUGGCCGAGUUGUGAGUGGAGCUGGAGACGGAGAAAUAGCAGACAAUGUUGUAGGACAGCAGCGUGUGGAUGUGGCUCGGUGUAGCGUCUUACAGCGACCGCGGGUGGUAGUAUGAGAAGCCACAGGAUGGUCCUCGGCUCGUCGGCAAUAAUCGUUGAGGAGUGAGUUCUUUGUUAGCAGAAGCGAUCGAGUACGUGUUGUUGACUGGGAGUGGUGGAGUUUCCAUUCGACAUGUGCAGGGAAAUGGUGCCGCAAUAGUCUGCCGUACGGGUUCAAGGGCAGUUUGACGAGGAGAACGAGGGGAAUGGUAAUCAAGAGUAAUGAAUCUGGUUAAAUUUCGACUUUAGUUUUGCCCUCGUCCACCCGCAGGACAGGGUUAGCGUGAAACAGGUGUUCCAGGGAGAGCAGUGUAGCUUAGAAUUUGGAUGCACAGGAACCUGGAAACAACUACUGCACCAGAAAAUACGUUUCAAAUAUGAGAUUUUCAUCUAGAAUUUACGACAAGCAAAAUAGAGAGAGACGAAAAGUUCGGUCUCGUCAGUAAGUAGAGGACAGGUUUGUAAUAACAGGUGGCCUUUCUUCUAAUUUUAGGCCUAAUCAGUGUCCACGAACAAACCAUUUCCAAGUGACUACCGGGAGACUCCCCAUAAUCUGUCGUGGUUUCUAUUAGUAUUUGACGUAUUCGGUGCAUUUGGGCGCAUGGCAGGCCUAUUGGUCCUGCAAUCAAAAAGCUUCGACGAAAGAGACGAUCGAUAAACAUUCUCUUUGUGCUCGUCGACGAUCGUGCACGGAGAAGAAAGCAUCGACGCAAGGCUUGUUGGAGGCACUGGGUUUGAAAUAAUUUCAGCUCUGAGAGUAAAUUAAUUGGUUUGAAGGUAUGACGAUAGACCCCCUGGUGCUGAAGCCUAAUUGCAAUGGAUGCGGGACGACCACGGAUCUUUAUGGCAGCACCUGCAAGCAUAUGACAAUAUGUGUACCUUGUGGAAAGUCCUUGGUCGAGACUGGUGGUUCAUGCACCGAGUGCGGUCUUCCAAUUACGCGGCUCAUUCGGGAAUACAGUGUGAAAAAUCAUGUUCCUUCCAAGCAAUUUUUUGUAGGACGGUUCCAUCAAGGAAUCCCGCAUUUUGCAAAGAAGAAGACUGGUGAGACCAAGUGGGCCAUGCAGAAAGACGGAGCUCAGGGGCGACAACUCACUGAUACCCAAAAGGAAAAGUUUAAGCUCAAGCCUUGGAUAUUGGAGGAUGAUAUCGGAGUCCAACAAUUCACAGGGCAAUUGGAAGGUGGACAGCAAGCAACCUACUUUCUUCUAAUCAUGUCGGGAAAUGAUUUCCAGGCCCUACCAGCCGGAAACUGGUACAACUUUCACAAGGUAGCACAGUAUAAGCAACUAACGCUGGAGGAGGCAGAAGAACAAAUGAAAAAUAGGCGCAAGACUGCAGAUGGAUAUCAGCGGUGGAUGAUGAAAGCUGCCAACACAGGGGCUGCCGCCUUUGGUGGGAUUGCGGAUGACGAAAAGGUAACUGGCGGUGGGGGUUCCAGUGGCAGGCGGAAGGGACCCGAAGAUGAUGAUGAUGGAGUAGGCGCCGAUUCUGACAAAGGGGAAGAGGACGAGGAUGAGGAAGAAGCUAGGACCAAAAGGCUCGGCUUGAAGAAUGCCGCAGGUGGUGAUGAAGAUGGCGAAGAACCCGCCAUGGAUCUUGAUCUGGAUGAGGAGGAACCUGAGAAAGGUGACGAUUGGGAGCAUGAAGAAACAUUCACAGACGACGAUGAAGCUGUUGGUAAUGAUCCGGAGGAAAGGAUUGAUCAGGAAAAUCCAGAGGUUCCACCUCCCCCGGAAAUCAAGCAGGAGGAGGAAGAUGAAGAAGAGGGACAAGAAAACCCACAGGAAGAGCCCGGUGGUCUGAGUAAGUCUGGGAAAGAGUUGAAGAAGUUGCUUGGAAAAGCAGCGAAAGAGGACGAUUCCAAUGAAGAAGAAGAUGAAGAGGAUGGUGAUGAAGAUGUCGAUUUGGAUAACGAAGAUAUUGGUCUUUCACCCGUGCUUGCGCCCACACGCAAGGAUGGACCGAAAGAUGAACCUGCGGAGAGUACCCCGGUAAAACCCGCAGCGGCUGCCAAGGCCACUCCUGCUUCUGCAUCGGCAGCCAAAGGCAAGAGGAAAGCAGCUGACGAGUCAAAAGCCAAUGGUGCAGCUUCAGCUAAAAAGGCUAAAGCCGAGCCAAAAACGUCACCUGUUGCUGCAAGCAAAAAGGAUGUCAAUGCAGCCGUUAAAGCAGCCACCACACCAUCUGCCAAGGCUCCAGUAGCAGCCGCAGCUGCAAAACCUGCUCCACCUGCCAAUCAGGCAGUCACAGAAGAUGAGGUUAUGAGAGUAUUAAAAUCGACUGGGCCUAUCAAGAGCACGGAUCUUGUAGCCAAGUUUCGAAGCAGACUUCGUUCACCAGAGGAUAAGUCAGCAUUUGCGGCUAUACUCAAGAAGAUUUCUCGUAUACAGAAAACGGAUGGAGCCAACUACAUCGUUCUUCGCUAUUGAUCAGAAAUCUUUGUCUGGACCAAAGGAUUUCCCUUCGGGAAGGAAAAGAAAGCAUGCUGCAUCUUGGCGAAUUUCCUGAUGCCCUUCAUUUAGUCAUGUUUUCGGGAUGAUCUGUAUCUGCGCCAUUGCAUGAUGGGAUUAUAGGAAGCUGUUUAUUGCCUACACGUACGCGGCCACUUGUGUCCUAUAGAUCAUCCAUUCGGCUGAGAUGAGAGUCUCAUGUCCCCUUGUGUACGUGCAAAUCCUGGUAUUGGAGAGAUACUGCAACUUGCAGGUGAAAGUUUUUAGCCAAAAUAUACGUUGUAGGCAAUGUCUCCAGUCGACUUUAUUACCAGACUGGAGACAGGCUUCAGCUUAAUUUAUGAUUGGAUUAAUAUCUACUCAAGAACCGUGUGAUGUACUCAAGCAAGCAACAAGCACAGUCCAGAUAUCAGUAACAUAGUGUUCAGCUAGACAAGCAAGAUACAGGACGAUGUGGAGAUCUGUACAUAACCACUAACAAUCGAAACUAGUGAGUGCUUCGAACCUUGUGCUCGAAGUUACUCAAUCCGGUCACUGAAUCGACCAGGCAAUCUGUAAGAUAAAAUGUGUACCUUGGUAGUGCGAAAAUUUUAAAUUGCAGUCAGUCAGUUAUGGUAGAUUCUAUCUUGAUGCGUAUUUUUUGGUAUAAGAUGCAGGAGUUGAAUUGUAGUCGAUACGCCCAUCAACUUUGUGUAAUCCAGUCAAGAAAUUUUCGAAGUUACACCUACAUAUAGCUCAAGUUGCCCAAUUC